UGUUGUACAUUUGAAAUGGGACAAGUCACCAACUGCAGAGAUACCGCCUUAGUAUUCUCUCCCUGCUUCUUUUUGAUGAGAAUAUCAAUUCACAUCCAGUUAUUGGGACAUAUCUGUAAAGCUGAUGGGAGAGACUUGUACCACUUUCCUGCCACACUGUUUCACUGCAAAGGACAUGGAUUGCACACAGUAAACACAGUAUAUGGAGAUACCAUUAUUUUACCUUGCCAUUUAGAAAUUCCUAAUGAUCUUAUGUUUGGAAAAUGGAAAUAUGAAAUUGCAAACAAGCCUUCAGAGUUUAUUGCCUUCAGAUCUGCAACGAAGAAGAAUGUACAAUAUGAUGAUGUACCAGAAUACAAAGAUCGAAUAAAUCUCUCUGAAAAUUAUACCCUAUCAAUUAAUAAUGCCAGAAUUAGUGAUGAGAAGAAAUUUGUAUGCAUGCUUGUAACAGAGGAAAAUGUCUUUGAGCAGCCUACAAUAGUCAAGGUGUUCAAGCAACCAUCACAACCUGAAAUAGUAAGUCGAGCAGAGUUUCUAGAAACAGAGCAGAUAAAAAUGCUUGGGCAGUGUGUCGCAAAAGACGGUUAUCCACAAGGAAGCCUAAUAUGGUUCAAGAAUGGAGUUGUUAUGCAACCUGUUGAUGGAACUGUAAUCAUAUAUGAACAAACAAAUGUGGAUAAAGCAAGUGGACUCUACACUUUGGUAUCUUCUCUAGAAUAUAAAGCAACAAAGGAUGAUACUGAUGUGCAGUUCACUUGUACAGUGACAUAUUUUGGGCCAACUGGACAAGAAACUAUACGAUCAGAACCUGUGGUCUUUGACAUUCACUAUCCCACAGAAAGGGUUAAAAUAGAGGUAAUUUCACAAAAAAAUACCAUUAAAGAAGGUGAUAACAUCACCCUAAAAUGUUCAGGAAAUGGAAACCCUCCACCUCAGGAGUUUUUGUUUUAUAUUCCCGGAGAACCAGAACCUGUAAGAACUUCAAGUCUGUAUGCAUUAAUAGAUGUAAGAAGAAAUGCAUCAGGAGAAUACAGAUGUUCAUUGAUUGAUGAAAGUCUGAUGGACUCCAUUAUAAUUACAGUGCAUUAUUUGGACUUGUCACUUAUUCCCAAUGGAGAAGUUGUUAAGCAGAUUGGAGAAGCACUGCCUGUAUCAUGUACAAUCUCUUCCAGCAGAAAUGCCACUAUAUCCUGGUUGAAGGACAAUGCCAGACUGCGAUCAAUUCCAUCUUUUUCAAGCUUACAGUACCAAGAUGCAGGAAAUUACAUAUGUGAAACUACUUUACAGGAAGUUGAAGGGUUAAAGAAAAGGCAAAUACUUACACUGAUAGUACAAGGAAAACCACAGAUCAAAAUGUCAAAGCGAACCAGCACAGAUGGAUCAUAUAAAACUGUAGCCUGUCAUGUGGAAGGAUUUCCCAAACCAGCAGUACAAUGGACAAGCACUGGAGGAGUCAUAAAUAAAACAGAGGAAACAAAAUAUAUCAAUGGAAAGUUUACAAGUAAAGUCAGAAUUGCUCCUGAAGAGAAUGUUACACUAACAUGCAUUGCAGAAAAUCAGCUAGAAAGAACAGUGAAUUCUUUGAAUGUAUCUGCUAUAAGUAUACCAGAUUCUGAGGAUCUAGAAGAAAAAACUGAUGACAACAGGGAAAAUGUUAGCGACCAAGCAAAACUAAUAGUAGGAAUCGUGGUUGGUCUUCUUCUAGCAGCUCUGGUUGCUGGUGUUGCUUACUGGGUAUGCAUGAAGAAAUCAAAGGAAGUCAGCGGAGAGCAUGAGAAGGAGGCCGCACAGAACAUUCAAAAUCUCCCGAGGUCAGCCUCAAAGCAUGUAGACAAAGAUCUUGGAAAUAUAGAGGAAAAUAAAAAGUUAGAAGAAAACAAUCACAAAUCUGAAGCUUGAGAGAAAUAGCAAGCUAGUCACCAUUCCAGAUAUAAAUGUAGACCAACUGAAGCAUGAACUUGGAUUAUAUUUAAGAUAUAUAUGAAGAUGUGACAGCUAUUCAUGGUUCAAGUAUAACACAGACCAUUCUAUCAAGUUUUCAAAGGAAUUUACAGUUAUCUCAAGCUUAUGAAAGUAUCCACAAAACUAAUUUUGGCAACAGCCAUGAUGAUAGGUCACAAAUUUGUGUUCUGUUCUGAAUAUAUAUUUUUUUUGUAAAUGUCUGCACUGAAGAUUUCUUUUUGUUUGCCUUUAUGUAAAUUUUUUACGUAGCUAUUUUUAUACACUGUAAGGCUUUGUUCUGGGAGUCGGUGGUAAUCUGAUGUAUAGUGUAAUGUUUUUAUUUCCAUUGGUUUCUGCACCCUUUAAAGAGAUACAUUUCUAAUUCUGAUUGCUAUCAGUAAAGCCCCUAAUUUGCACAGCAAGUAUUUAAUUUAUAAGAAUGCCUUAUGGGAAAAUAAGACUCUUCUUUCUAUGUUUUACAAACAUCCACUGAAGAAAAAGAGGGAAAGGUGUCUGUUAUAAAAAUAAAAAAAACUAACCUGUUUAUAAAAUAAUGAAAAACCUGAUCAUCUAUAAGGGACGUGUAUAUAAUUGCCAAAUGGAGAAUCAGGUAUUAAAUAAGGUUCAUGUUCUAAUGUAUACAAAUGUCUACUAAUGAGUCUUUUUUAGACAGAAAAAAACUUUUUAUUGAUAGCAUUCUGGAAAACUAAUUGUUCUUGCAGUUCCAUGAUAUAUGGUGUGAAUGACUGGAAUUAAGAAUUCGUUCUGAAAUAUUUUUGUUAUCCACUGCCUUAAAAAUUAUCUUUCUUUUUAAUUUAAAAAAAAUCAGUCAGAAUUGGAGGUUUGUGUAUUUUUUUUAAAGUGGUCAUAUCAAAGCUGCAUUUUUCCACAAAAUAGAAUAUAUAUUUUUGUGUGUGUGCGUUUUUGUUAACUACACUACAGAUAUUGCACCUUGAGAUAAUUUUAGUGUUUUUAACUGGUACAUAAUUUAUCAAAAAGUACAUGAAAUUGUAACAAUGAAAUGAAAUCUAUGUAUCUUUAGUUACAUUCAAGAUUGUAACUUUAUAAGCCUGUUUUAUGCUUGAGAAUUUUUAGAAGGUUAGCUAAAAAGAGACAUUUGGAUAGAUCAGGGCAAAUAGCAGUACUUAGCGAUGUUUCCUCUUUUAGCAGAAGACUAGAGUCUGGGAGAAUGUAAUAGAUAAAUUUGAUAAGGGAAGGAAGAUGUUAUUAGAAUGAGCAUCAGGUUUCUGUUUACAGAUUUUACAAGAUAGGAAAACAGGAAGAUUAUGGAGAGGUCAAAUAGAAGGAUAAUGGAAAUUAGGAAAUACAUUUCCCCACCUAGAGGGGAUAAAAAAGACUGUUGUAAAUUUGUAAAAUGUUAAAUGUCUCGGCAGUAGUUACUGAUGUCUUAAAUAAAAGCUUCCUGUAGUGUA